GAACCCAGACUUGCAUAAAACGGAUAUUUGUGGCGUAUCUGAUUGUCCAGCCUACUUUGAAUUGUGGCAUAUUGGCCGUAAGCGAAACUAGAUGAAAAACCAACAAGGGGAAAUUCCUCCGCGCAGCGCGCCAUUGACUGUAAAGACCUUUCAACUUAACAAAAACUGAAGUUGACAAACGUAUCCCUGUCGGCUGAAACUGUGAGAAAGAGUUUGUUUUUUCGGCGAAGGGGGCAAAGCAGAAGAAGACGAUGCGGCACACGGUGGAGGUUUCUGAAUACGUUGGUGGUUUUCGGUAAAUGAGCGACGGCUGUACCGCGGCGUUUUGUUUUGAUUUCCAUGUGAAAUGCAAUUAGUGCUCCGCGGUGCUCGCUAGUUUGGCUCGCGGAGCGGAGCACACUCUGAACUUGUUUCUCGCCUCGGGAGCACAACAUGGAGCACUACCAGGAAGAUUUGGGACUCCGGGCCAGUAAAUUGAUGGAGGACCUUUCCUUGUAUGAUGCGUAUAAGGACGGGAUGUACAAUGCGAGGAGAGACUUGGUGAUUAACCCCGAUUUGGACUUUUCGGCUCCGGCAGUAGCAGAGCAUAAAAGUAAGCCAAUGAAUGGUACCUCUGUGCUUCACCAGCAGCAUCACACAGUGGAGAAUUUCACGUCUGGGAAUAAAGUGUACAACGCGGCUCCAGUGCGCCCUGUGAAUUGCAACCGGACCGUUCCUGUGGAUUUUUGUGCCCCUCAAAGAGACGCGGUUUAUACUGAGGAGGGCUGCUGCACCAAAUCCGAAGUGGCUCUGCCGUGCUACACGGGAGCUUCCGAGAGGCACAGGAGAUACUCUCUGGAGGUGCAGGGCCACAGGUACAGCACCGGCUCCGCCUUCGACGGCGUGCCCCUCAACAAGCCGGUGGCACUGCCUGGCAACAGGUGCAACAGUGUCUGCAUUACCAGCAGCCACGACGGGAGGUAUAACGCCACCAGUCCCCGGUCCAGCUUAGCAUCCUCCCUGUCCUCACAAGAGCAGAGCAAGCACGCCAGCCCGAGGUCGAGCAUCAGCAGCCCGCGCACUAGUUUGGUUGUACCGGGUCAGGACAGGUACACGAGCCCCAGGUCUAGUUUAGUGCACUGCGAGGGCAACAGUGUCCUCAGCCCCAGAUCAAGCUAUGCAAGCACCGCCAGCGACACGAGUAAACACUCCAGCCCCCGGGCCAGCCUCAACAGCUGUGACUGCUGCAGCAAGCCCAGCAGCAACCGCACCAGCGGCAUCAGCAUGGGCUACGACCAGAGGCACACCAGCCCCAGGUCGAGCACGGCGAGCCAGUACUCCUUCACUACCAGCCCGAGAUCCAGUUAUUCUGACUCACGGUACGGGCCCGUGGUCAACCAUGAUCUGGAGGGGGCGAUUCUGCACGCAGCGCCGCUGGCGAGUCCUCGUUCGAGCAUCUGCAGCCAGGACGGGAGCGCGAGACCGGGGACCACCGCAAACUGCGUGGUCAGUCCGCGGUCCAGCAUCUCCAGUCACAGCUCCAGAAGUUCCCGCAGCUCCAGGGGGUCUAUGAGCACCUACCCGGACCUGCAGCUGCCCUCACCCAGGUCAUCCAUGCUGGGCAGCAGUUUACAUGAGGACACGCUGCUGCAGGAGUUUGGGGACUCCAAUGGGAUCCCAAGUCGCAUCCAUCUCCAGGGGCUCUCGGCGGUGCCGGAGCCCCAGCCGCAGUCAGCCCAGACUGCAGGGAAUGUGGAGAUGACCGCGGGGUCUCCAUCAUCAUUUAGUUAUGGGAUGUCCACAAAAGCAGCUUCCUCAAGCCAGAGGUUUAAGCUCCCUUACCAGGUGACCCCCAGCCGAGAAAGUGGGCCGAGCCAGGCGGAGAGGCGGCUGGAGGCGCUCACCCUGGAGCUGGAAAAGGAGUUAGAGAUGCACAUGAAAAAGGAAUACUUUGGUAUCUGUGUCAAAUGUGGGAAAGGUGUGUAUGGAGCCAGCCAAGCCUGUCAGGCCAUGGGGAACCUGUAUCACACAAACUGCUUCACCUGCUGCUCCUGUGGACGGAGGCUGCGAGGGAAAGCAUUCUACAACGUCAAUGGGAAGGUCUACUGUGAGGAGGAUUUCCUGUACUCUGGUUUCCAGCAGACGGCUGAAAAGUGUUUUGUGUGUGGUCACCUCAUCAUGGAGAUGAUACUCCAGGCGCUAGGCAAGUCCUACCAUCCUGGCUGUUUCCGCUGCGUGGUGUGUAAAGAGGGUCUAGAUGGAGUGCCUUUCACUGUGGACGUUGAGAACAACAUCUAUUGUGUCAAAGACUACCACACGGUUUUUGCUCCCAAGUGUGCCUCCUGCAACCAGCCCAUCCUCCCAGCUCAGGGCUCCGAGGAAACCAUCCGGGUCGUUUCUAUGGACAAGGACUACCAUGUGGAGUGUUACCACUGUGAGGACUGUGGUCUCCAGCUAAAUGAUGAAGAGGGCCACCGCUGUUAUCCACUGGAAGGCCACCUGCUCUGCCACGGCUGCCACAUCCACCGGCUCCAGUCGCAGGUCCCUGCCCACCUGCCCCCCAGUUACCCCCUCCAUGUCACCGAGCUGUGAAGGGGAGGAGGGCGGGCAGCGACCAAGCCCUGCUUCCCAGGUGAUCCAAGACACCAGCAGCGGGGGGGAGAAAAAAGGCCUGCACCCCCCCCUCCCAGCAGUUCCAGGGACGCCUCUGUGUGGCCAUCUGAGCUACUGCCCCAGUCCCCAACUGGACGGCCAGGCCGUGGAUUAACACUAAGUGCAGCUCCCACCACAAGCCCUGCUGUCACAUGACAGGGCUGGGAAAAAAAAGGGUCCCCCUCCUCCUCCAUCUGUGGUCCUUUCCUCCCCCUUCCCCUUGGGUGCCUAACCCUGAAAGCCAACACGCCGUCUCACCCAGAGGCCCCCGGUGACGUCACACAGCCUGACCCCUGCACAUUCAUCAAAGAGAAGGUUUUUGGAUUAGAGGAGAGGACACAAACUCGUCUCUCUCCUCAAUUCCCCCUCUCUUCCUUUUCCAUGUUUUUCAUUCCUGUGCUCUGUCUGAAGCGGUUAACCGCAGUGAAUUCGCCGGUGCUGUCGCAUCUGAGAACGCUGCUGAUGUCGGCGUCAGGGAGGCCAGGGAUCGAGCUGCUACAUUCCAGUGCUGGCUGGACGGGACAGACCCCAGGGUGGGCAUGCUGUGCCUUCAGAGCGGGCUCUCGCCGUGCAGCUUCUAACACUGAGAUGGAGUCCUGCUAAAGGCUAUGCAAAGGACACCCAGCAUCAUGACACAGGGCCGUGAGAAAAAACUAUUAAGUCAUCGCUCGUCACCCUGCACCACCCCGAAAUAACAGAUGCACCGUAGCACCACAAGCCCAGAGGACCGACUGACAUUCCACUUAGAAGUCUUAGAUGAGACCUCGAGAGAUUCACAAGCAGUGUCUUAAUUAAUGAUUAUAUUAUGACAGAAGAAGAAAAUUUUAGAUGCACAUAGAAUGUCUUUUAUAUAUGAAUAUAUAUUUUGCAGAUGUUUUCCACAUAAGAUCAUAGAUGUAGAUUCUCUCUCUUUUUUUUUUUUUGUGUCGCUGCGCUCGCGAUAGAUUCAGAGGUGAAACACGCCGUCUGUCACGCAGCCAUAAACCUGUGAAGAUUUUAGGUCUGUUGUAUCAUUUCUCUCCCAGGACACAGAGCCUCUUCAUGUCUGUCAGUGGGUCACAAAUCCACUGACUCUGUGGGGGCAGACCUGGCUCUGAUGGUAUUUGCUUUCUUUUUCUUUUUUUCACUUUGAGUACCAAAGGGCAAGGGCCUUAAUCUAGUAUUUGGCAUGAAAUGAGUUCCUUCUAUACAGCAUAUACAGUCCCUCUACUGACUGCUGUAACACACACUUACAGGAAGUUAUUGCAAAAACAAGUUACUGUCUCGAUGAAGGAAUUCCAAAAGCCAAAAUAUUUAGAUUAUUAUGAUAUAAAACAGAGAAAAGCAGGAAAUCUUGAUACAAAAUUGGUUAGAACAACUAAAUGAUUAGUUGAAUAAUGGUUGCAGCAUUUCUGUAUAUUUGUGUCACAACUGAUGCCAGCUCUCUUGUGUUUUUGAACAUAAACAUGUAUAUGUAAGCCGGCCUGUUCAGCCGCUCCCUCAUACAGCCUUAAAUGAAGCAGUAACUGGAGUUCUAUGUAAUGCCUUGUAGUUUUGUUCCACCUAAUUACCACAAAAUGUGAUGAUGCACUUAUGUAUCUUAUCUGUAGAUUUUUCUGAAUUUGGCCCUCUGUCAAGGGGGCCACUAUUUUGUCAAGUUAUCACACAGAGCUCUAAAAUUUAAGCUUAAUCUCAAAAUCUGAGAGUUUAGCUAGAAAUUGGUCUUUAAAUACUAAGAUUUAGGCCUUGUGGUGGAACAGAGAAAUUAGCAGAAAUGUUGGCCAAAAUAAAGUAUGUAAGUAAAAUUACUAUGUUAUUGAGCUCUGUGGUUUAAACUAUGAAAAGCAUUUAGAUUUGAAAAAUAUAGUUAAACAUCUGUGUGUUAAGUGCUAGUAAUUGUGAGAGAAAUAGACAACAUGUUCAGAGGGAUAAACAUCUGGACUAAAAAUUAUUUAAUCCAUCAUCAAUUUAUACCUUGUCCUUAUUUAUACUUUAUAUCACUGUGGACGAUAAAUGUCACAAGCAUUUUUUGACAAAACAUCUGUCAUCUGGUGAUUGUAAUGAUUUUGUAGCAACAUUUCCCCAGAGAGCAGCCUAAUGUCUGACACUUGUAACUGCCUGCAUCCGGCCCAUCUGGUACUCAAAGAGGAAUAAAACAAAUUGAUUUCUUUGUAAAUACCUUUUGCUCCAGGUGUGUUCAGGACAGUUCCCUGGUAUGUUUUCCAGACACUGGUUUUUGUCAUAUGAGCACUGAGAACACAGUGCAUUACUACGAGGAGCUUCUCCACUUGUGUGCAUGCCUUCAGACAGAACAGGCAUGUUGUGUGUGUGUGUGUGUGUCUGGCUCUGGGUUGCCAUGCAGUCUGCUGUUGUGUUGUGGGCUGGACGUCCCUGAAAACCUGGAGCUGCUGGUCCCACCCGCGUUUUUAGGGAGUCCGCCCAUGUUUCCCUUGCUGGUUGUGUGAGUCUGAAUGUGUGUGUAUAUGCAAAACAACAACUACAUGAGACAACAACACUUGAAACUCUGAGCUGUAGUGGUGCUGGAAAAAGAUAGUCUCACCCCUCCCGACUUGGUAACUGUCAUGAGUGUUUUUGAAUUAGCGCUCAGCAGAUCAUUCACUGUAGGUGAAAUUUUUUUUUUAGGAAACUUGUCACUCCGAGCAAAAUUCUGAUGUAGAUAAACCCCAACACUAUGUGCUUGUUUCAAAUAUGAGCAAAUUGUGUAAAUGUCUUAAGUGUGUGUGCGUGUGUGUGUGUGUGUGUGUGUGUGUGUGUGUGUGUACAAGUGGCAGGGCCAUGGCACAUGCACCUCACUGUGUUUGCAGGGCAGCGCAGCAUCCGACACAAUGGCCUGCUCUCUCUUCUUCCAGAUGUUUCUGUAUAAUUCUUGGUGUUUGUUUAAGCCUCUCUAGCACCAUAUCGGUGGUGUUCCAGUAGCUGAUACAUCAUCCUCUGACUGUAGCAAACUCCACCCAUGUGGUAUUAAAACUAGAAUAAAACAAUCACCAACUUUUAUAUGCAAACACUGGCUGACUCAUAUUGUAUUACUGUACACGCAGGUCUGAAUAAAUACUACUGAAUGUGUCAAAAACAGACUGAAGCAGAGACUGAAGGCAGGGGUCAUCACAGGCAGGAAGUGCUUUUUAAUGUAACCUGAUGUAAUGAGAUUCAUUCGAAUGUAAUAAUGAUUAGUGUUGUAUAUUUGUAAAAGCAGAAAAGAAAAGGACUGCGUAUGUGAGACAUUCCCCUUGUCAUUUAAUUAACUUCAUUUUUGUGAAAGGGUUCUGGUCAAGUAAUGUGUGCUGUACUUGAAGAAUGAGGCAUUAAAAAAAAUCUUGUCUGCACAAUAUCAUCCCCCAAGAAUAACUUAACAAGAUCAGAGUGUAUACCGUUUAAAGAUGUCUUAAUUCACCCAUUUAAAAGUACUACUUCAGUUUCUAUUGCAUAGCACACAGCUAGUUAUCCUGUACAUAAAAAAGGCUAGUUUUUUAUUUUAUUUUUCUGUCAAAAAUCACUUGGAAAGAGAAGACUUCCUCUUCUCCUACUGGUAGUUCCAACAAGCACAUCUGUCACACAUCUUUUGUAUCGCUAAGUGUUUUGAUUACCUAGAUGGUUCAUAAAAAAGGAAACUAGAUCUAUUUAUCUAAACAUGAAAAAAGUCUAAAGUUAUUUAAUGUAUUAAAAAUUGGGACGUAUCAUUUAACUGUAGAUGACAUAAUCUGCUUUUUCAAUAAAGUGGUUUUGUAGCUAACUGCAAAAACA